AUGGAUAUCUCAAAUCCCCGUCGCAUAUUAGCCGUGUCCUUAGCAGAUUCGACUCACCACUUAACCAAGGUAAUCAAAGACCUCACCGGUACUCAUCCAGAGCAGACCUCAACGUCACUAGCCGGUUCAUCGCACAACCUCUCUUUAAAAACAGCAUAUUAUACAGCCGAAGUGCCCAUAUGGUUAGACCUCAUAUCAUCACCCUCAGAAUGGGCCGGUUCUUUCUUAUCUCCCGAGGCCAAGGAGGUCCUUGAGGUUCUAGGCGGAAUUGUCGUAGUCUUUUCGCUGCCAGUCAAGUCGCAGACGGAUGAGAUCAAGGCCGCGCAGGAACUCAUCCAGAAUGUGGGCAAGGUUGUCAAGGACGGGCUUGGCGGCUGGUCCUGGGACGGAGUCGGUUUGUGUCUGGGCGUCGGAGAAAUAGACGAUGUCGAUGAGUGGGAAGAUUGCUGCGCCGAAUGGGGUUUGGAGUUCGUACAGGUCAAGAAUCAGUCCGUGUCAACACGAAACGAAUUCGGUGAAAAAGCCGGCAUCCCUCGUGCCCUGGAAGCGCUGGAGUCAAACGACUGGUCUCAUACGUCCGUCGACGACCUUGGGUCUGAUUUCGAGGACUUUGAGGCGGAACUAAACAUCGGAAAUGGCGGCAAUGGUAAAGACAAAGAUGGGCCUGAUCUCGACCCAGAAAAUCUCGAUUUUGGGUUUGACCGAGAGGACUUUGCCGGUCUCAAACAAGCGAUAUGGAAUUCCGGGAAAGGCGAGGAUUUCUUAAACGGAGAACCGAGCACGGACACCAGCAAGAAGGAUGACGGAGAAGAUAUGAAUGAUGAAGAGAUCAGGAAGAUAGAGCGCAUGAUGGUUAAGCUGCAGGCUGUACGCGAUACGAGUGCCGGGCUGCCAGAAGAUCAACGUAAGCGGGUAGCCGCGAAGGCGGUGGCCGAGGUCAUGAAAGAACUAUGA